CUUCAGAUUUUGAUUUAUGAUUCCUAUUUGUGUUUUGCAUGAUACAAAUUUGGGGACUCUGCCUCUAUGCCUUCUGAUCCGUCUCUAUGGAUUACCCGAAAUCUAUCAGCUAACAUAUUGAAAUUUAUUUGUUUCUUCGCUCUUCCUUUUCUUCUGAUAGUGAAAUUUUUAAGUUUCGUGUUUUGUGGGUUCUCAACAUUAGACUGUAUUAGUCAAAUGAAAGGAAAUGACUCAGGGAUGUAAAAUAUCUAGGGAUAUUUAUAAACUUUUACAACUUCAGUUAUGUCUGUCGCAAAUUGCACUUUGUUAUGAAGUAUGGGGGGUUUAAGUGUUCCAAAUGAAACUAUAAGGGGCUCCAUGUUUUUUAGGCAAAUCACAGAGGGUUAAAGUAUAACUUACCCAAAUAGAUAUGAGCGAGAGGUUAACCUGGUGAACCGGUUCCGGUUUAUCAUAUGGGGCCGGUGCACGAAUAGCUAUAUAUAUUAUUCCAAUUUAGGACUAAUCGGCUAAAUCUAUCUGCUUUCUUGUUCACAAAGAAGCUCUCUCUCUCUCUCUCCAAUCUUCUCCGGCGAAGAUCUUCGGCUUUGGCAACCACCGCCGGACAGCGGCUACAGCCUCCAGGGUUAAUGAAACAUUCUUCAAUCAGAGAUUCCUUGAAAUUCGAUUGUCGUUGAAAAUCUCGAGUACAAUGUGGUCAUAGUUGUUGCAGUGCUGGUGAUGGAGACGGAGAUCAAUGGAAACUUGUCACCAACACAACCCAAAUGGAGAAAAGUUGCAUAUGGAGGGAUGCAACUUGGGUUUGAUGACAAUCACACCGAUGAAUCUUUCCUUGAAGAUAUGGUUAUGAACGCCAAUGUUGUCAGACGUGAAAUGGUAAAGGUGAUGAUUGACUCUGUUUCCAUAUCACAGUAUCUAUGCAUUGUCACUCUUGUUGUCUUGGUUUGGACCUGUACACUUGGGUCGUCCAUUAAUGAAAAUUCUCUCUUGCUUCUUGAUGCAAGCCUUCUCGGAUUAGGUUUUUUUGUUCUACUCUUAACUUCAGAAAUGCUUUCCUUAAAACAACUUCUCAAUUACGUUUUCAAAAUCUCAUUUUUUAUAACUGGGUUAUAUGUUUUAUCUCCUAUCUACCACACUCUUACCCAGUCUAUAAGCUCCGACUCCAUAUGGGCUCUAACGGUUUCACUUAUCAUCCUCCAUCUCUUCCUACAUGACUACUCGGGUUCUACUGUUAAAGUUCCUGGGGCUCUAGAACAUCCAACCUUGACGAGUAAUAUCUCCUUAAAUGCUUCUAUUGUGGCCUCUCUUUUGAUUGCUUCUCGCGUUCCAUCUAGGCUUCAUGUUUUUGCUAUCGUGUUGUUCUCCUUGCAAGUUUUCCUCUUUGCUCCAUUGGUAACAUAUUGUAUCAAGAAAUACUCAUUUCGGUUGCACCUCUUCUUCUCGUUGGGGCUAAUGUCUGUGACAUUGGCUUUUGCUUAUCAGUUGCACAGAUUUCUGUUUGUGCUAUUGUUGAGUUUGUUAGUUUUUAUUACUGUGGUGUGUCCUUGUUGGCUUAUAAGGAUUCAGGAGUACAAGUUUGAGAUCAAUGGUCCUUGGGAUGAGGCAAAGCUCUGUUUUAAUAUAACAGAGUGAUAAAAUCUCUCUCUCAUUUUCAUAGUCUUGUAUUCUUUGAGAGAGAGAGAGAGAGAGCCUUUUGACAUGUACUUCAACAUAUGAAUUUUAUUUGUGGUUGGACUGAUAGGUUUUGGAUAUAAUUGUUUGUCGAGUAUUGUAGCUUAAGAUUGGCUUUUUAGAGGAUUUGUUUGUAAAUUCUGUGCGUUUAUAUAUAAUAGGGGACAUGUGAUUGUUUUUUUUCAAGAAAAAUAUGAAUU